AUGAAGUUUCUCACUGCCUGCUUCAUGGCAAGCGCCAUCUCCACAGUUCCUGCUCGGCCGUGGCCGAGGGCUGCGGACACCACUUAUUUCUUCACAUUUGGUAACUCAUACACGCAAACCGGCUUCAGCACUAUGGGCGAACAGCCGUCUCCUUCGAAUCCCAUGGGAAACCCCGCCCUUGGAAGUGGUACCACCACUGGUGGUAAGAACUGGGUGGGAUAUCUGACGACGGCGGAGAAUGCGUCCCUUAUCCUUUCAUACAAUCUGGCCGUGGGUGGCGCCAGCAUUGAUAAUUCUCUCGUCCAGGGCUCUACCAACGUCGACCUUGCUUCUCAAGUGGAACUCUUCGGCGAAAUAUACAGUAGAAAACCGGCUUCUGCGCCUUGGACGGCGGAAAAUGCCGUUUUCGGGUUCUGGAUAGGGAUUAAUGAUAUCGGGAAUGCUUUCUAUAACACCGAUGCCGACACGUUCACCCCCAAGCUGAUCGCACGACUUGCAUCCCUUGUGGAACAGAUCUACAAUGCAGGGGGCCGCAAGUUCCUUUUCCUCAAUGUACCUCCUACGAGUCGAAGCCCCAUGUUUAUAAAUCAGGGAGAGGCUACUGUUAAGCAGCAUGCGGCAUAUUUAGCCGUUUACAACAAUAACCUUGAGUCCAUGGUUGAUGAGUUCAAAGCAAACCACACGGACGUUACUGUCGUGUACUACGACUCUUGGUCAUUCAUGACGAAGAUCCUUGAUAGCCCAACAGACUACGGAUUCCCUGAUGCUGCCUGUAUCAACGACGACGGCUCCUCCUGUAUCUGGUGGAACGAUUAUCAUCCUUCUGCGAAGUAUCAGCAGCUCCAGGCGGAGGACAUGAAGCAGGGGCUGCAGCCUUUGGGGGCAUGGUAG